AAAAGCAAAGGCUUCCCCCUCCCCCCACCAACGAAUACCCUCACCCCUCUCUCUCUCUCUCUCGCCCCACCCGGAUGCCUCGCGCUGCCGGAGGCUGACCUCGCCGCCGGCGACUCCGCUCGGCCGCCGGAGCAGCCAGCGCGCGCGGGUAAGUCGACUCUCCCCCCUCCGCUACGUGCUGUCGGACGUUUUGUCGGGCGGUUUUGGUUUUGGCUUCUGCGUCGAGCAGCAAGGGUGGGUGGGUGCUCGAUCUGCGCGGGCUCGAGUCGCGGGGAGACUUGCUCGUGGGGAGCGCUCUCUCACCGGAGGAGGAGGAGGAGGAGGAGGGGUUCCUCCUCCGGUGCGGCGGCCGCGUGGUCUGCGGGUUCUCUCCCUGGUGGGAAUUUUGAAUUUCGCGGCGCUCCCCCCAUCUCCUGAAUCCACGCGGUUUUAUUCGUUUUGUUUUUUUUUCCGGGGAAUGAUCUCGGUGGGGAUUUGUAUGGAAAAGCCCGCGAUUUUGGGGUUUCGAGAGCGCUAAAAAGCUUUGGAUUUUCUCUGCUCGGUUUGUGUUCGUGCCCAGAUUCAGUGGCCGAAGAAGCAAGGAUGAUGCACUGAGGUGGGGGGGGGGGGGGGGGGAGUCGGUGAGAGAUUUCAGCGGAGAAUCUCGUCUGAUUCCAGCGUGUGGGACCUCCGGGCGAUGGCCGCCGCUGGCGGCGGCGGCGACGCCAAGUACAACUCGUACAAGGCGGCGGGGCUACGCGGCGCCAUACUGGAGGCGGCGCACGUGUCGUGCCUCGAGGAUCGCUACGCGCUGGGGCCCCAGCUCGGGUGGGGCCAGUUCGGCGUGAUCCGGUCGUGCUCCGACAUGGUCACCGGCGAGGCGCUCGCCUGCAAGUCCAUCGCCAAGGACCGCCUCGUGUCCCCCGACGACGUGAGGGGGGUCAAGCUCGAGAUCGAGGUCAUGGCGCGCCUCUCGGGCCACCCCAACGUCGUUGACCUCAAGGCCGUGUACGAGGACGAGGCGUCCGUGCACCUGGUCAUGGAGCUCUGCGCCGGCGGGGAGCUCUUCCACCGCCUCGAGGAGCGCGGCUGCUUCUCCGAGCACGAGGCCGCCGCGCUCUUCCGCUACCUCAUGGAGGUCGUGGCGCAUUGCCAUAGCAAGGGGAUCGUGCACCGGGACCUCAAGCCCGAGAACAUCCUCCUUGUCAGCAAAUCGCCUUCUUCGCCGAUCAAGCUCGCCGAUUUCGGCCUCGCAACCUACAUCCAGCCUGGUCGGAGCUUGAGUGGCAUGGUGGGUAGUCCAUUUUACAUUGCGCCCGAGGUGCUCGCCGGUGGGUACAAUGAGGCUGCCGAUGUAUGGAGCGCGGGUGUGAUACUUUACAUCCUCCUGAGUGGCAUCCCCCCAUUUUGGGGGAAAACCAAAUCAAAGAUUUUCGAAUGUAUCAGGUCGACUGAGCUGCGGUUUCCUUCUGAUCCCUGGGACAAGGUUUCCGAUUCAGCGAAGGAGCUAAUAACCGAGAUGCUGCGGCGCGAUCCUCGACAGAGGCUCACAGCCAAGCAGGUCCUAGAGCAUUCCUGGAUACAAGAUCAUGCCGACCAAUCCCAAGAUUCUUGUGGACAUUGCCAUGAGAUCAAUCUCAGAGGAGAGGACGCCGGCUCAUGUUCGUUCUCGACGCCGCUGGCGUCAUGCAGCCGCGAUGUGAGCUUCAACACCGGUGGCCCGGUCGCCUGCCAAAGCAUGUCUGAAGAAGCGUGCUCCCCCACAUUCGCCUGCAGAUCAUCGUUCUCUGCAUUUGUCGCUGAGAAUGCUCCGUCGUGCGCGCUCUCGGGGUUCUCCUUCGGUGGCGUCUGCGAACCCUGCAACGCCGUGUUCCCGUCCCCGGUCGCUUCCAUGCCGAGCUUCUCCUUCUUCUGCGGCCAAGAACCCGGCGAGCCUGAGUCGUCGCCUGAUGGUGACGCCUUGGGCGAGAAAGCUCACUGCGACGCGACGGUGGUGGCCCUCGUCUCGUCCUCGGCUCCGAGGACAGCGGAGGUCCUGAGGGCCGCCGUAAGGGCGAACCCGUCGCGCGCCAUCGGCAUGAACAGCAGGAGGAACCACACCAUCGGCGCCGGCGAGCGCGAGCACCUGGAUGUGGCGGUCGCCGAGUCGGUGAUACGGUGGGCGUCCUGCACCAACCUGUCGACGACGCACUCGCUCCGGGCUUCGCUGGUGUGCUAGCAUUUUGUUUAUCUGUGCAAUUCACCAUGUGUCCUGUGGCUGUGAGAGUGCUUCGCUAGUCUCUUGCCUUCCUCCUUGCACCUGCGAUGCAAGCUGAAAGAUAAGAGUGAGAUGAGUGAUGAGAUGAGAUGAGAGUGUGAGUGGUAGAAUGUAACGUGGACCUGAUGAUAUAUAAUGCUAUAGUAGAUUACCGAGUAGUGUGCUUGCUUUCUGUU